CGUCAACAAACAAAGAAAAGUACGCACACACACACACACACACGCGCACUCACUCACACAUAGAGACUGUAUAAUUAAAGACAGGUAAACGAGCAAUUUGUCAAAGGCAAAUUAUGGGUCGCAUCUUUCUGGAGCAUUUGGGUGGGCUAAAGCUCUUCAAUUGCGCCCAAUGUCAUACGAACUUAACGAAUCGCAGCCAAUUGAUUAGCACACGAUUCACAGGCGCCACAGGUCGCGCUUAUUUAUUCAAGCGCGUUGUCAACCUGACUUUCAGUGCCAUUCAGGAGCGCGUGAUGCUCACUGGACGACAUAUGGUGCGCGAUGUAAUGUGCAAGAAUUGCGGCGCAAAGCUUGGCUGGAUGUAUGAAUUUGCCACCGAGGAGACGCAAAAGUAUAAAGAGGGCCGCGUCAUUCUCGAAUAUGCUCUAAUCAAUGAGGCAGAGGGCUUUCCAUCCGAGGCAGGCGGCACCAGUCACUGAACAAAUGAGUCUAGCUGAAUAGCUCAACAGGAUACAAUACAUUUGUGUAGCCUUUAAGUAUUUAAUUUAGCCGACAGGCGUUGGCUUCAUAUAUACAUAUAUCAUUAAAUAUGUAUGUCUAUAAGAAUGUAGGUUAUAUGAUUUAAAAAAGAUCAUAUCAUAGAUCGACAUAAAUCAUUAGUGGAACAUGAAGCCCCUGUCAGCGUUACUUAAACCUAGAUUUAAGGCAAUAGCACAUUAAGCUUUUGCCGCACAUUUAAAAAUUAAUUAUGUUAAGAGGCUGAAAUGAUAAAUC